UAGGUUUAUUUAUUUAUUUAAAAAAAUUUAAAUGGAGUUACUGGGAAUUGAACCCAGGACCUCGUGCACACUAAGCAUACACUCUACCACAGAGCUGUACUCUCCCAACUAAACUCUGGUGUUCUUAACUAUAAGAUGGAAUGAUAUGAUCGCUUACCCUACUGUACUUUUCAUUUUUCCAUAGCAUGUAUCACCUUCUAAUAUCCCACAUCAUUUACCUAUUUAUUAUGUUUAUUGUUUAUUGUCUCUUUCCUUACCAGAGCAGAGAUUUCUGUCUGUUUUGUCCCUAGCUGACUCCAUAGAGCAGGGGCAGUAGGAGCUCAGGAAAUGUGUGUUGAAUGACUGAGUGUAUACCUUCCUCACAGGGGCUACUGUGUUACAACACAUGACAGUCACGACACCUAGUGGAGAUUCCCAUGUAUCGAGCACCGUCUCUGUGCCGGGCACUGUUCCCAGCACUCUCUCCCACCGUUAACUCAUUUGAUCCUCACGACCAUCUUGCGAGGGGAGACUGUUGUUCAUCCCCAGUCGGCUGGUGAGAACCUACACACACACACACGUGACCUACCUCUCCCCAAAAACCGCAGCUGGGGCGUGGAGAACUUGGACAGCAGCCUCCAAAGAGGCAAAACUGGCACCAUCUCCAUCUUAUAGCAGAGGAAAGUGACCAUGAGAGAGGAGAACUGACGUGCCCAACGCCACACAGUGAGCAAGUGGAGGAGCCAGGAUUUGAACCCCUCCCUGCAGUUUGGAUCCAGAGCCAGUUUGCUCAGCCCAUGCUUCAUUGGAGCAGAAACUUGGUGACUGUCCAUGGCUCGAAUGAGACCCAAACAGUGGCAGCAAUUCGAGGCAGCUGGGCGAGCUGAGAUCUCUUUCCUUGGAUGCCAAGCUGCCCCUCACACCCUAAGUAAUCAUUUUAGAGUUUUCUCAGCCUUCUCUUGAAUUACAUCCCACCUCCUCUGUUCCGGAGCCACUUGAAUUUCCUUUGAAAAGGAGAGGAAUUAACUCUCAUAUACUGAACCUUUUUUUAUGUUCUCCAGGUUUCAGCGCAGAUGUCCUCUCUUCCAGGAAGCCUUCCCUGCCCCUUCCUCCUAGCUUGAGUCAGGCACCCUCUGGGGGUUCUCGCAGCCCAGCUCACUCUGUGCCUCUAUGACCAGGAAUCUGUAUCACAAGCAUCAUUUCAGCUUAUUUAAUAUUUCCAGGCUGUUCACGGUGAACUCAGCACUGGGUCUGUCUUGUCAUUUUUUUAUUUUAUUGUUAUAGCUGUUAACUGUUACGAUCACAGUUCCUGGUCCCUUUAACUCUAAACUUCUUGAAUUGUCCCUCCCUGGCACCAUGUCUCCCUGGCUGCUCCCUCAUCCUGGCAGAAUGGUGGGGAGGGAGGCUUGGGGUGAGAGGAGGCAUAAUUCCCAAGGGGAUCCAGGGCCAAAGGGCAGGGCUUUCUUUCUCCUUUCUCACCUUGAAGGAAACCCCAGGGUUCCUGGGGCUGCUGUUCUCUGUGCAGAGGAGGGAGGAAAGUGAGCCCUGGGGUGAAGGGCGGAGGUGCAGCCAAAGUUCCUCCCAUGCCACCACCCCUGUCUGUUCCGGGAGCUGCUGUCUGCUGUCGUUGAAGUCCCUGUCAGUUUGCAGCAAGCCAGAGGGGAAGAGAAGGGAGCCCUCACAGCCGGAGUGAGGACAGUGCCUGCGUGUGCAAGCCGGGGACACUGUCAGCUUGGUGCUCUGAAGUCAGGCGUCAGGAUCCAUGGGGUCCACUGACCUACAGCAGCCCCACUGGGCAGGAAUCCUGCUCUCAGCCUCACUUUUGACCGUGUGGAGUCUGCCAGCCGCAGCCCAGCUCUCCCGUGGUGCCAGCCUGCUUAAGACCAUCCAAAAACCACUGGCCAAGCCCACCAUUUCAGUCAGCCAAGGCACUGCCAUAGAGCAGAGGGAAAUGGUGACCUUCUACUGUGACACCAAGGACGUCAACAUUACCAUCCACUGGGUCUCCAACAGUCUUCCCCUGGUGUUCCACGAGCGCACGUGGCUGUCCACGGAUCGCAAGAACCUCACCAUCCUCACUGUCCAGCGCGAGGACGCUGGGACUUACCAAUGUGAAGUUUGGGGUGUCCUCCAAGCCCAGAGCAGUGACCCCACCUUCUUGGCCGUGAGCUAUGGUCCUGACCCCGUCAAAAUCAAGCUGAAGUCUGGUGUGGCCAACAGGGAGGCGGUUGAGGUGAUAGAAGGCUCCAACGCGACCUUCUCAGUGGAGACUCAGUCUCACCCACGCCCCACCUAUUUAUGGUUUCUCCCCAAUGACUCUCUGCCCAUCGGGAGCUUGUUCCACACCACGAGCACACUCACCAUCCAUGCCAUGUCAAGGGAACACGAGGGCACAUACAGGUGCCUGGUGUCCAACAGUGCCACCAACCUGUCCCGCAUGGGGGUUCUGAACGUCCGAGUCCUGGAAAGACUGACCAAGCCUUGCAUCACGCCCUCAAACCUGAGUCCUGUGGAGAACACCAGCCUGGUUGCCCUGACCUGUCAGACCACCCACAAGCAGGUUGGAGCCCAGUGGUUCCUGGGGGGUCAGCUCCUCCAGCCCAGUGAGCACCUGGUGCUGUCGGCUGACAACAGGACCCUGACCAUCCACAGCCUCUGGCGAGACGACGCGGGGCCCUAUGAGUGUGAGAUCUGGAACUGGGGCUGCCGGGCGCGGAGCGACCCCCUCUGGCUGAACAUCAGCUAUGGCCCUGAUCGAGUGGAUAUCACCAGGGGGUCAGCGUCCCAGGUGGUCAACAUCAUCAAGGCGGAGCUCAACUCCAGCCUGACCCUGCAGUGUCGGGCUGACUCCCAGCCGGAUGCUGAGUUUCACUGGACCUCUGCACACUCCACCACUGUGUGUACGGGCGAGCAGCUGAUAAUCGAGGCCCUGACCUGGGAGCACCACGGGAUCUACAACUGCAUGGCUUUUAACUCUCUGACCCACCUGGCCCGCUCCACCUCUGUCCUGAUCAGAGUGAUAGGUCCCCAGUCGUCCCUGUCUGCAGGGGCCAUCGCUGGUAUUGCCAUCGGGAUCCUGGCUGUCAUUGCCCUGGUCACAGGGCUGGGCUGUUUCCUCUACAUCAGAAAUGCCACAGGGUCCUCAAGGGAAGCAGCAGAGGACUCCAUCCAUGAGGCCGUGACAACUAUCUCUGAAAAGGAUCAGCCUGCAGAGCCCGGUUGCAGCUGGCCAAUAUAUGCCAAUGUACCGGACAGUCAAGGACAGGUCCAACUCAAAAAGAUACUGCCACUAGACCCUCCUGAGCAGUUCUAUGAGAAGGAAUCACCUUCAGCAAUGCCUGAGCGCUAUUCUGAUGGCCCCAGGAAGCCAUCACCCAAGCUUGCGUUGCAUCCAUUGGUCCCAGCACUACCAAGAGAAAACACGGAGUCAAACUAUGAGGUGCUUGUGAAUCCAGAGCACAACAUUUACUGCCAAAUGAAUUCCUCCACCUAACGGAAGCAGAGAUCCUUUCUCCAGAAAUCCUAGAGAAACCAUGCUCAAUCAUAUAUUCAAUGACAUUUACUGUGUACAUAUUAUGUCCUAGACAUCGUCUUUGUAGACCAUAUGAUGUUCUGUUUCAAUGUGUUUUUCAGGCUCUGGACCCUAGCUCCCACCAAAUCUUAGGCUUUUGACUCAUGUUUCUUUUUUCCCCCAUACUCACUGCUACACUAUUUUAUUUUAAAAUGUGCCACAGUGAAUGGAUGUAUCCAUAUUGGUUUUUAGAAAUGUACUAUA